AGGGCACGGCACCCGAAUUAUACAUAGUUAUACACUCCCUCUACCUCCUACUUGUCUCGGACUCAAGUGUGUGCGUUUUGAUUAAAUGAACCAAUGCAGGUGUAGCUCUCGAUAUAGAUUUAAACUAAACGCUGUCUAGUCCCUUCAGCAUUAUUGCAGGGCACGGCGCUCUUUUAUUUCGUUGAAGAUUGUCUGUGUGUUUGGAGAAGCGUGAAGAAAUAGUUCUCGUCGAGUGUUGUAGUCCUGAAGACGAUAGAACACGAUAGCAAAAAGUCAAGAACUCAAAGGACCACAAAAUUUUUAGGUCAGCGAUUCUUAUUUCCCAACACUCUCUCAAAGCUGGUUAAAGUUAACCUUGUUGCGAGGCAGUGCAUACUGUUCUUUCAUCUCACUCUCAUCUCAAAAUUGUCAAGAGUAAAAAAUGCCUACAUGGGGAUGAUGUUGUUGAAGAUUGAACACGCUUUUUCUUGCAAACGCUGACACACGAUAUUCGAUGUUCCUUGAAGAACACACAAAAUAAAGAUAGAGAAUGGAUCCUCCACGUGAAUCGUAAAAGCGGAGCGAUACGGAUUCGGGAAUAUGCCAAGCACCGCGUUGUCCUUCAUCGAUCAGGGCCUUGCUUCGCUUUGCGACGUAAGAAGACCGUUUGUCGGACGGCAACAUCCGCCAGCAGAAAACGUUAUGACAAGGUUUGACUACUGAACAUGAUUCAUUCUUACCAUUCAUCAUGGCGCCAGCAUGUCAUCUAAAUCUACCUCAGACUUUAAGGACUGCCCGACAGUAUCGGUAACAAAUCAUCAUCAUUCUAUAAGCUUGACCCGUGUGUGCAGGCGGUGAACCUACACGGCAACCGGAUUCGACAGUUGGACUUACGGGACGUCGCGUUUUUGUUUCCAGAGUUAAAGGAACUUGUUGUAUCGAGCAACGAGGUUCAGGAGCUACGAUUUUCGGAAGAAGAAGAUGUCGUGGAUCAUGCCCCGAAGAAUAGAACAGGAGACUGUGAGAGCAGCGAGGAAAAGAUACCAGAUGUCGCUGGUUCGCGCCAUAAAGACGAUGCCGAAGCGAACGCGAAGACUUCGACGAGACGGUCGAGCAGCGGAAAGAGGCACGACGGAAGAAUGCCCAGCACAGCUGCCGCAUCGUCGACAGGAGGGAAGACUAAGAACAAAUUGUCUACUAAGGACCGAAAAAAAGCAGUUGGCGAAAACGACCGUGGCGAGUUGCAUGGCACGGGAGAACGAGACGUCGAUGUUGGUCAACAGAUGAACAAGAGACAAGAGGGCGCCUCUUCGCCACCAGCGCUUGAAGUGCUAGAUUUGAGCUGCAAUCGGGUUGCCUCACUCUCCGCGCUGUACUUUCUGAAAGGCUCACUAAAACGUUUGCUUUUGCCCUACAACCGCUUGCACAGCCUGGAGGCCCUCAAAGCCUUGUGGGGCGGGCCACUAGUCGAGCUUGAUAUCCGGAACAACAGAGUCUGUAUGAUGCCACUCAUUGAGAACGAAGAUAUGUUGCGAAUGUCGUUCCUAAGUAAGAAGGUCAACGUCAAGGGGGAACGAGGACAUUCCCCUAUCGACGCCAUUCUCAAUGAGUGGAAGCAUUCAGAGUCGCUUCACUGGAGCAGUUACUUUUCCUCUCGGGCCUUCGCUGUCUCGCGAAUGCGCAACUCGCACCCAACCCAUUUUGUGCAGCGAACUUUUCGACAACCGUUGCAGCAGGUGGACGUCACACGGCUGACCAGAACGACACAGUCGCGGAAGGUGAGUCCAAGUAGCAAGUCCUAGUAGUUACAGCGACUUUGUCUCUCCUAGUUUACUCGUACUCCUUACUUAUUCUUUUCAAAGUAGCAUAUAGUGCAUAGAAGCAAGAAGUGGCCCGUGAUCAUGAAGCAGGUAGUGUCUCCUUGACCUCAUUACGAUUCAGGUGGAACAACGUCGUUAGCGCGCAUGCCACUACACCGAUUGUGCGCUAUACAGCUGGUUCCGAGCAUAGAGUCGAUCGAUGCUGUCCAUGUCGGCGAGCACGAAAAAGAAACGGCCAAUGCGAGUCCAUUUGUGUUGCUGUCUGGGCUGUCGACAUCUGCUGCUUCAGCAGCACCCACUCCGCCUCCACUGUUGAUGGCAACGCCACCACCUCAGGCGGCUUUCGUAGGCGGGUCUUCAGGAGCAAGCGCAGUUCCUGCAACGCCGGCUUUGAUGAAUGGAGGUAUGCGACGGGCAACAAAAAGCGACGACGCUAAUCCGUGGGCAGAUGCACAGAAGGGACCUCGGGAUCAACGGAUCACGAGCAAAAAAUCCGCUAGUAGAAGCAUUAGCACGCACGAUGAAAUGGAGAUUGAGGGCGAAGAUCAAGAAAGUGCUUUCACUACUAAGCUCCCAGACGGUUUGCCGAGUGAGGUUCAUGUGGCAAGAACUGAAAGUGUGAAUAGUGCCAGCACUGUUAAGUCACGCGCAGGGGGCUCAAAAGUCGUAGCGACGGCAAUCGAUGAGGAAAAGCUGCGAGAGGAUUUGCUAAAGAUCGACGCAGAAUUCACGAAACGAGAGCGUAAGCGAGUCGAAGUUGAAGCUCGGCUGCGAGAAAACAGUAAGAUUGUGGAGCAUCUUCUAAAGGAAAACCUCGAUCUCCGGCAGAAGCUAGAAGCCUCCGAGACUGCACUGGCGCAGCUCCGCGUGAGUUUAGAAAUAAAUGCAAAUCGCACAGCGGCAUCUGCUUCACCUUCAGAUGAUGAAAACAGGAUGGGCCUGGAACAUGGAGCGCUCGACGAAGGUCUUCAAGCAAAUGAUACUGCUAAGUCUCAAGCGUCAACAAAAGAGCUGCUCCAAGAAGCACAGCGGCGUGCUGAGGAAGCAGAAAAGAAACUAGCAGUCGCACAAAAGGAUGCGGAGACCGCACAGCGCGAGAAAGCGGAACUAAAAGCCGAGAGCGAAAAAGUUUUGGCAGAUUUGCAGGGUUCCGUGCAGGAAGUCAGCCGAAGGAUGUCUGAUCAGGACCGGUUUUUUCAGGAGAGCUUGCUCGCGGAGCGCGCUAAAUUCGGACUGGAAAAGCAAAGGCUACAGACGGAGCUGACGACAGUGGGUGAAAAGCUCGCAGCGGUGGAGGCUGAGGCUAAGAGAGAACAGCAGCGUGUGCGCGACACCGAAACCGAGGAACUGCGUAGCACCCGACGUGCCUUGGAGGAGACGCGGGACUCCCUAGCUUGCCGAGACGCGGAAAUUGUGCGCCUUGGAGAUCAAAUCGAAAAACUGCGCCAAGAACAGGUGCACCAGCGGCGCGAACUCCUUGCGGAAGCGGAACGCAAACGCGAUCGCGUGCUCGACGAUAAGGAUAGAGAAUUUGCGCAAAAAGUGGAGACGCUACGCGUGGACACAGACGUCGUCGAGCGCAGAAACACUGAGCUCACACAGGAACUUGUCCGUCUGCAGACGCAAAUUGUUAUGCAAGGUGAAUGAGGAUUUAGGAGGCAAGUGCAAGUGUUUUCUCACAUGCUAGGGCUCAGCACAAACCUGCUUCACCGUACUGAAUUCGAACGCAUCUACUUCUUGUUGUAAGUACUAACAGUACAGAAUCACCCUUAGUCAAACGCUGUAGUACUCCUGAAUGUUUUUCGUUCCUCUUCAUUUAUGCCCAAGACGUGACCCGAGAGCGUUCAGAGCGCGCACAAGCUUUGGAAGCGGCGCGCUUGGCAGCGGAGCGUAAGCAGCAGGGACUAAGAACCGAGUUAGAGCGCCGCCUGCAGCAAAAGGAGACAGAAGGGGAACGCGCACUACGGGAGUGUCUCUCGGAAGCUCGAAAUGCCCUCACUGCGAAAGAAGACGAAUGGAAGAGGCGUCUCGACAGAGCAUCGCGGUCAGCUGAAAAUUAUGGUGUGGCAGUACUCGUCCUUGUCCUUGAUGAAUUUGAUUUUUGUACUUAGAGUGAGAUGAAUAUGAAAUUUUUGUAAUUGUUCUUUGAAUCGGUCCAUUAUACCAAUCUCAUACGGUACACGUACUUCUUACACAUCAACCUACUUGUUGUAUGGAAUUUCACUCACGAGUAGAUAAUUGGCCUGUCCAAUAGUUGGUGCACGUCAGCUUUUCUCUCUCGCAUGAUCUGAGGACCGUCUAAGCAAAGCUUGCUGUAGAGAAGGCGCAGUUGUUGGUGCUGCUUGAAGAGGCGCAGAACGGGCGCGAGCGAGAACGUGCACGCGAGAAGGAAGAAAGCGCACGUGCGAUUAGACUCGCGGUCAGCGAAGCCGAGCGCGCGUUGCGCCAGAGUCUCGAGUCCGAGGCUGAACGCAAUCUUGCUGCCACUGAGGAGCGUCACGCCGACGCGCUACGCCGACUAGAAGGCGAACGGGACCGAAAGGCGCUCACAGACCGGGACGCUACGGAGCGCCGCGUAGCGGAACGCGAGCAAGCGUGGCAAGAAGAGACUGAGCGUGGAUUAAAGGAGUUGGAGGCGCAGUUCGAGAAGAAGUUGGCAGCGAAACUCAACGCUCAAAGAGCAGACUUCGAAAACGUUGACUUGAGAUUAAAGCAAGUGCAGAUUGAAGAUCUCACGAAGCAGCUAGCAGAACAAACGGCAGCAGGAAAAAAGUUAGGUCCAUGCAUAGAUUGAGUAGCAGCAUCUCGAUUUGAUCUAGCCUUUUUCACAAACAUCGUGAUCUUCAUUGUGCUUGAAAUGGUUUAUAAUUUCUACCUCUAGAAGUUGAAUAUGCUACUUCUGCCUAGUAGAGCUUCCUACCUCCUCGUCUACUAGCUCUAGACGAAGUUCGUGACGAACAAAGGAGAGAUGAAGCUGAUCCUUUGUUCAUUGCUUGCCAAAGACGACGCAGCAGAAGCGAGGAAGAAGCGGGAUAGAGACUGGCAGGCGAGAGUAGACGAAGAGGUCGCGUUGCAGCGGGCACUUGAGGCCGAAGUUUCGCGAUGGAAGGGCGAGAAGGAAGCCGAAUUAGAGCGGUUGGAGGCUGAAAAAAUCCAUCUGGAGCAAGAAGUCGAACGACUGGAACAAGAAAAAGCCGAUGAAGUGCCAGAAAAAGAAGCUGCUGCAAGAGAGCAGGGAAGGGUCGAAGGACGCGAGGAAGGAAAGGUAUAGGCCAUGCAAGUAGUGUUACUGCGAGGUGAAACGGUGACGGUCAAUGAAUUGGUUCUAACCAAUUUGUGCCUCUACCUGUAGGUACGACCACAAAGUUGAACAAAUCGUCCUGGAGUAUAACUAUAAAUUAUAAAAAGUUGCCUGGGCGGUGGUUCUGUUCAUCAUUUUUCUAUCUACUUACAAGAUCUACAUCUACUAGUCAACAAUCAGCACGAUGACUUUUUCAACAGGUAUCUUUUGCGCAACAGCUAGCGGAGCAAAGGGAAAGUAUCACCAGAAAGGCAGAGGAAGAGUUGGUCGCCUUGAGACGGCAGGUGUCUUCCUUACAAGAGACAGCGAAUACGCGAGGAAACGAGCUAAAAAUGCGGGAAAAGGAGAUCAAAGUACUCCUCGGAGAACUAGAGAAGCAAAAAACCGCAGUCAAAGACAAAGUUCGCAACUUACUGCAGAAUUUGGAACAAUGAUUACUUACAUACUGGAAUAGAGAUGGGCAGUGGCAAUGCUAGCUCACAGUUGGAGAUCAGAUGGAGAUGGUUUUCUUUCUCAUUGUUCAUUCUUCGGCCAACUAGUAGUUAGAACAGGGAUUCUUUCCGAACGACUGUUGUUGACAUGAUGAUGCCGCUGAGCUGCAAGAGAUCCCACAAAGAUCAUGAUCGUGUAUCAUGAUGGACGCACCUUGUAUUGUAAAUCCACAAGUACUCCUACACGACGACGACUGAGACUUUAUUAUGGAUGACUUUAUCAAAAUUUGAAAAAUUGUCGCACAAGCAAGACAUUGUGUUUGAACGUUCUCGGGCGGUAAGGAAAUUUUAAAUUUGUUCAACAAAACGCAAAUGGACGACUACCUUUUCAAAUCUCCCAACACUUUCGAUCUCAGCUUCUUUACACCAUGCGAAACGUUCAGGAAAGUGGGUCCAGAAUCAAUAAUGGAAUGGCAAGAUCCACAUUAUCGCCGAGGCAGUUCUUAGGGAUCAACGAUUAGUAUGUGGCGGGUCGGUUCUUCGAGAUUCU